ACGAGGAUAUUGACAAGACAGGAGAACCGGGAAUAAGUUAACAUAAAGUGAAAUUAAAAGCUUUACAUAUCGGGUGCGGAGUUGAAAGGCCGUAAAAGCUGUAAUAACUCGGCUAUGAGAUACAAGGACAUAAUAAAGAGUUCGAAAUCUGAGUUUAAAGCUAUCCAAGACCGAAACAGCGUGUUAGCUGUGAAGGCCAUUAUGGACCGUCUGGAAUCAGCAAAACUGGAGGGGCUGAACCAGGGGGAAUCGGGGCUGAGUGAAAUCUCGCCUGGGGAGCCAACAUUUUCGAGCCCGGGAGAUGACGCUUGUGUUGGUAGUGAAAACAAACAUGAGCAAGAAAGGGACGACCAUAGUAUACCGGCAAAAGGCGACAAAGUAGUGGCGUCUGAAGAAUAUCUGGAAGUUUCUGGCGUGGCGGCUGCGGUCGUGCACCGGCGUGAUCAAGUGGUGGCGUCUGAAGAAUUUUUGGAAGCUUCUGGCAUGGCGGCUGCGGACGUGCAGCGGCGUGAUCAAGUGGCGGAAAACGUUGAGGCAGAAAUCCAACAUUUGCAACAAAUCGAGAAGCUGUAUGUUGCGCGUAAAUGGGUGGCUGACUUAGAAAAUUCGUUGAGCCAAAAUGAACCCGCUCGAGGACAUGGCAUCGACAUGAAUGAUUUGGGAGAUCUGCGAGGUCGUUCAUGAUUGAGACGGCAGCCCUAACUUGGCCAGCACUGCGAACCGAAUUGAUAGCUGUACUCGACCUCAAGGUUAAGGUUAAAAACUGGUUAGAGAAAUUAUCAUCCGAUUCAUCAUGGAAGGCUUGGAAGAAAAUUCGGGAGCCGCGUUUGCAAUGGCUAACUGUAGUUCUUUGGACGACUUGCGGAAGAAAUUAUGAUCUACGAUAAAUCAAAGUAGACGCUUGGAAAGAUUUCAAAGUUGGAGAAGCAAACUAAACGGAAGUCCAAUUUCCAGUCGACCAGAAGGCAGGAUCCUGAAGCCUCUCGCUGCUACAACUGUCGGCAAAUGGGACAUUUUGAUAA